AUGUAUGUGGCUUACAUGAUAUUCGCCUUUCUCCUGAUGGUGAACCUGCUGAUUGCCAUGAUGGGUGACACACACUGGCGGGUGGCACACGAGAGGGACCAGCUGUGGCGGGCACAGGUUGUCGCAACAACCAUCCUGUUGGAACGCCGAUUGCCAAAGUGGAUGUGGCCCAGGAUUGGAAUUCACGGAGCGAAAUUUGGGCUGGGAAACAACUGGUAUCUCAGGGUUGAGGACCGGAACGAGAGUGCGUCUCAGAGAGCUCGGCGCUACCUGAAGCAUUUCCAACAGGCGGGAGCCUCCGGAGCGGAGAAGCAGAAGGAGGGCGAGGCUGAGGGAGAGGGUGCCCCGGGGUGGCGGGGGGAGGCGGAGGGGGUCUCAGGGCAGGGCUGGGAGCUUGUCAGACGCACCGCGCUGUGCCCAGCGAUGGGCCAGAGGCACGAACACAUCUACCACAUCUGA